UGGAUGCUGCCUCGGUGCAUCUCUCAGAUUCUAAUCUGAUUAAACGACUAUGCGUGUCGGAGAAAUACGUGGAGCACGUGCAGGAUUUAUUUAUUUAUUUUAAAUUCUAGUGCAAAUUUUAGAGCAGCACCAAUUAGGCAGAAGGGCGCGCGCGCGCGUGCACGUGAGAGCUGCUUUAAGUGGAGAAUGUGAAUGAGGUGGCUGUCUUAUCCCUGUUCAAAUUUCACCGGCCGUCAGCAAUUUGGACACACUGUCCUCUUUCUCUAUAAAAAAUGGACAACCACCAGACACUGACAGACUCGUUGCUUGGACCCCAGGACAGAGAGCCGUCAGGCAGUCAGACUCCAGGCCCUGUUACUAUUCAGCCAAGUGAGACAGCCUUCUCUGCACACAAAUCUGACUCAUUCCCAUGCCUGCAACCCCUCUCUUUGCAUCAACAAGCCCAGGGAGAGGCACAUGAGUCUGGAGAGGCCGUAGUAGUCGUCAAACAGAAGACUGCGAACGGUGCAGGUCAUGGAGUCUACUCCUCUCCUCCAGAAGCGAAAACCUCAGUUCCCAGACUCUCCUCUCCACCCCGGCGUCAUCAUUCCUUACCCCAUGCACACCCACCUCACUUUGGACGCACGAGAAAGGGUAGCAGAUCAAGCUCAAUUGCGUACACUGCAUUCUCUCCACGGCCUUCAAUCUCCCGCCACCCAAGCUUGGCAACCAACCCACCACUGGAUCGCUCCAAACCCAAAGAUUACCUCAUCCUGGCUAUUAUCGCCUGCUUCUGCCCUGUUUGGCCAAUUAACAUUGUGGGUUUUGUCUACUCUGUCAUGUCCCGCAACAGCUUGGAGCAGGGGAAUAUUGAUGGAGCCAUACGGCUGGGCCGGGUAGCUAAGCUACUUUCCAUCGUGUCGAUUGUGGGCGGAGUCGUCAUCAUUGUGGCAUGUGCUGUGAAUCUAUCAAUUAAUGUGAAAUCCUGAGCUGAGCUUUAUUCCACAAUCUUCACAUCAGACCACUGACCGGCAGAACAUGCUUCUGUCUGGCUAUCUAUCCGUUCCUGUGAUCACACGUUUAGCUAGGUGGUUAAUAAGUAAGCUGACACCUUCUUCCUCUCAAGCACUCACUAAUUAAUAAUAUUAAUUAUACUAACUCAAGGCUAUAUUCAACCUGAUUCUUCACCACAAGAAAUGGAGCAGAAAUGCAUGAAUGUCUGAAUCAGUGUUUGCAGCAGGCUGUUCCAGCGCUUGAUGCUUGUGUCGCAAACGACGAAGCGCUAAUCCACACGCAAUCCACCUUAUAAGAACACGGGCUGAUCAGGAUGCACGUUACAGAUCAGCUGUGAGAAUCGCCCUGCGUCAUGCAAACCGUUUACAAGAAGCUUUUCACGAGAUAUAUACAUGCGCCUCAUAAGUGCUGGGACAUUCCCUUGUCAUGUGAAGAAGAGGAAAACACGCAACUCACUUGAAGAGUGUUAAACGAUACGGCCACAUUGGCAGAUUCUGAAACCAGACCUUAAUGUUUUUAUGUGAAAAUGAAUGAGGCAUUGCUGGAGUAGAAGUAGAAAGAUGGCAGCUCGUUAAUUUAUAAAAGAAAAUGUGUAAAUGAAAUGUUUUACGAUUUAAAAUUUGUUUUAUACAUGUUGAAAAGUUUUUAAUUUUUUUGUCACAUUUUUGUCACCAUCCUCCACCUGAUGUUUAGAAAUUAUUGUAAUGACUAAACUGAAUUUAUUAUAUGUUUUUAUAUGUUAUCAGAUCGUCUUAUGGUUUGCUUAUAUGAUUUCCUUUUUUCGAUCGACCUGAUAAUCAAAAAUUUUUAACUUCAGGAUAAUUUCAAAGUAUAGCAGCAUAAUAAUUUCCCUUAGAAAAUGCAAUAAUUCUAGUGGACAAAAUUUCACUUCACUUUAUUUCUUGCAAAAUUAAAUAUGUAGCCCGAUUGUUUUAAACACAUAUAUGCAAGUGUUUGAAGAGUUAUGGAUGGUUUCAUAGGACACAAUGUUUCCAACAGGUAAAGCACUCGUUGUUGUUUAUAGACUUUAUACGCUGUGAUUUAUUUUGUACUGAAAGGUAUUGUGGGAUUUACAUAUAAGCACUGUGUAACCUUUACAAACAGACUUUCAUCACUCGUGGACUAACAAUGAAAACCUCAUGUUUUUCGCAUUAUAUAUGGCAUUAGCUAGUGAUUCAAUUAUUAACCCUUUUUAUACCUGGAGUGGGAAUGUCGAGUCCUGAUCCAGUUAUUAUUAGUGACUUGGUUUUGCAAAAAAUGUAUACUGUGGUAUUUCUUUAGUUAUAAUGUUGUAAUUAGUUGUCCACGACGUGGUUACAGUAAACAGAUCAUUUUUACUUAUACCAAUAAGGUUAUGAGUAGUCACAAAGAUGAGGAACCGGCUGUAUUUUAUUUCCACAUUUUCAAUGUUUUUUUUGUUUUUUUUUACUUUAUUAGAAUUAAUAUUAUUGUUUUGUAUUUAUAAAAAAAAAAGCAUAUAACAAGCAUGGCACUUAUAUUUGCAUGGUCUUUUUUGUAAGUCCUGUAGCCUUCGCAGUGUGUAUUUAAAGGGAAAAAAGAAAUAAACUGCUAUAAACAUA